AUGGCGGCGGCGGCGGCGGCUCAGGGGGGCGGGGGCGGGGAGCCCCGGGGAGCUGAUGGGGUCGGCCCGGGGGUCCCGGGGGAAGUGGAGGUAGUGAAGGGGCAGCCGUUCGACGUGGGCCCGCGCUACACGCAGCUGCAGUACAUCGGCGAGGGCGCGUACGGCAUGGUCAGCUCAGCUUACGACCACGUGCGCAAGACUCGAGUGGCCAUCAAGAAAAUCAGCCCCUUCGAGCAUCAGACCUACUGCCAGCGCACGCUGCGGGAGAUCCAGAUCUUGCUGCGCUUUCACCAUGAGAAUGUCAUUGGCAUCCGAGACAUUCUGCGGGCGCCCACCCUGGAAGCCAUGAGGGAUGUCUACAUUGUGCAGGACCUGAUGGAGACAGACCUGUACAAGUUGCUCAAAAGCCAGCAGCUGAGCAACGACCACGUCUGCUAUUUCCUCUACCAGAUCCUGCGGGGCCUCAAGUAUAUCCACUCAGCCAACGUGCUCCACCGGGACUUAAAGCCUUCCAACCUGCUCAUCAACACCACCUGUGACCUUAAGAUCUGUGAUUUUGGCCUUGCCCGAAUUGCUGAUCCUGAGCAUGACCACACCGGCUUCCUGACAGAAUACGUGGCCACACGCUGGUACCGGGCCCCAGAAAUCAUGCUUAACUCCAAGGGCUACACCAAGUCCAUCGACAUCUGGUCUGUGGGUUGCAUUUUGGCUGAGAUGCUUUCCAACCGGCCCAUCUUCCCUGGCAAGCACUACCUGGACCAGCUCAACCACAUUCUGGGUAUCUUGGGCUCCCCAUCCCAGGAGGACCUGAAUUGUAUCAUCAACAUGAAGGCUCGAAACUACCUACAGUCUCUACCCUCCAAGACCAAGGUGGCCUGGGCCAAGCUUUUUCCCAAGUCGGACUCCAAAGCCCUUGACCUGCUGGACCGGAUGUUGACCUUUAACCCCAACAAACGGAUCACAGUGGAGGAAGCGCUGGCUCACCCCUACCUGGAGCAGUACUAUGACCCAACAGAUGAGGUGGGUCAGCCGCCAGCAGUAGCGCUGGCAGAUAGGUGGAUGGGUAGUCCCUCAGUACCUGGCCUGAGCCUUACUUCUUUGCUACCCCAGCCAGUGGCUGAGGAACCUUUCACCUUCGACAUGGAGCUGGAUGAUCUACCCAAGGAGCGGCUGAAGGAGCUCAUCUUCCAGGAAACAGCCCGCUUCCAGUCUGGGGCACUGGAGGCCCCCUAACCUGGACAGACGCCUCUGCUCCCUGGGGCCUGGCCCUGCCUCCUGCCUGCCCCUCCCCUGCCGGACUGUUAGAAAAUGGACACUGUGCCCGGCCCAACCCUGGCAGCCCAGGUCGGGGCAAAGGGUGGGCCUGGCCCCCUUCCCAUGCUUUUCUCAGACCUCCUACUUCAGGCGAGCCAAGGCUCCCUCCAGCCCCGCCACUCCCAGGACCUGAGGGGCUCAGGUGGCCCCAAAGCAAAUUCCCCUCUGCUGCUCUGCCUUUGUCUACCCCAGCUAUCCCAGUCCCUGGCAGUUCUGGAGUCGAAGGGCUUUGGCUGCCCUGGGACCUACUGAGGGGCGGUGGGGGAGGGGGGGUGAGGGACAUUGAGUAGGGAUUCAGGGCAAGCCCUGCCUCACCCACCUCAUUAAAACCCCACCCCAUUUUCCCUGAAGGAACAUUCCUAAGGCUCAAGGGCUAGUAUCCCUGAGGAGCAGGGCCCAGGCCUGAACCCCGUCCCCUCCCCAAAGCUGCCCAUCUAACGCCCCCCGCUGAUUCUGUGUGUGGGUGAACAGAAGUGGAGGUGGGGGCACGUGGAGAGCCCUGUGCCCCUGCCCACUCCCUGUGCCUGUAUCUAAUAUAUAAAUAUAGAGAUGUGUAUAUGA